AUGCCCAGGUUCCAAGCAAGAUAUGCUGUGCAAGGAUCAAACUUACCUCAAGUUGCAUUACAAGAAGGCAAACCUGAGAUCCCAGAAAACAACUUUCAAGAACUCAGUCUCCAGUACAUGUUUUACCUGCCAAAGGGGCACAAUCUCUCCAAGUGGCAACCAAAAUCAAGUCAAACUGCCUAUGAGAGAAUCCCAAUCUUCAUCAGUGAUCCCAGCUCCAAAAUCAAUAAUGACUACUUUGAAAUUUUGAAGAAGUUGUUCACCUUGGCCAGCAAAAUCAACAAACAUCCCACUAUGGGGAGCACUGCCAUACUGAAACUGGCAGACACAGGCAAGACUGUCAAUAUUUAUGCUUUCAUAGCCCUACAUAGUUACUACACCAAGGGCCACAUGUAUCCAAUCACUUUCUACAAGCAGGUCAAAUCAUUCUUUCUAGAACUUCCCACUGGUGCAGUUGGUAAUGCUGGAUUCUUGAUCAACAUAAACUUACAAGGAAUCAAAGUCAUCUGCAAGCACAAAAUUCCCUCAACAGUUCCACUCCCACCACCACUGAUUGUACCCACUCUGCCACAAUCCCACCUGCAAAGCCAUACCUCACAGUGUUACAAACACCAUGUAUUAGCUUGCUCCACACCAAUACAGGACAAGGGUACUACCAGUCUCAAACUUGAUGGCCCACUGGUGAAAGUCUGGAAGGAGUAUUUUGUCUGGAUUGAUGUGAUCCCUAAGCCCCCAAUAAAUACUUCCAUCAAAACCCCUUUGUCAGCUGUCAAACAUGCCAAGGUCUUUGAGGAACUCGAUUUCAAGAUUGGCCGCUAUGCUUAG